AUGACAAUUGACAAAGCGUCUAUCACGAUCACGAACCAUGGUGGUAACAUGGUGCAACGUAAAAUGGAUUGGAGAAUUGUUUGGAAUCACUAUAAGCAAACUUGGUUUACUACUCUUCUUAGCCUGAUCUUAUUCUCAGGAGUUACCUAUUUCCUUAUAUGGUCUGAGUGCCAAACAAUACAAAGUAAUCUUAUGUUAGAGGAAGUGGUUUCUGUGGCAGAGAGUAUAGAUGUACACACAGGCGAUGAAGCUGAGAGAUAUGAAGGGAGGGUUGUGCACAUUGUGGGACCACUCAGGAUUCUAGAGCCUAUUUCUGAACCUGAUUACAAUAUACAUGUACAAGCUGUUAAGUUGAGAAAAAGAGUUCAAAUGUAUCAGUGGAUUGAAGAAACUACGGAAACUGAAAAUUUCCUGAGUGAGCCAGCAGAAGAAUCUCAGAAAACAUAUUGGUAUCAUAAAGAUUGGAGAGAUUAUGUGGUAGACUCUGCAUUGUUUUACAUAAGGCCUGGACACCAUAAUCCUACAUCUAUGCCACUGUUUAGUGAAACACAUAUAGCUGAAAAUGUUAAAAUUGGAUGGAUGAGUUUAGGGUUAGAUGUAAAACGAAAAGUAAAUGACUAUUAUGAAAUUUGGUCAGAUACUAGGCCUGAUCGUAGUGAUAUUAAGUUGCAUUCUGGAUUCUACUACCACGGGAACAGCGCAUUGGAACAUGAAAUAGGUGAUCUUCGAAUUCAUUUCUCUUAUGCAGGACGGGAGGAUGACAUUUACACAGCAGUUGGUGUAGUUGAAAGGGGUGUCCUCCAGCCAUAUAGUCCACAGAGCUUCCCCACAGCAGAUCCUGUCUCACUCAUGAGGAAAGGUUCAUACAGUUUGAAACAAUUGUAUGAUCUGGAAAAACGAGAUGCAAACACACAUACUUGGAAGUACAGGAUGUUGGGAUUUGUUCAAGUGUUUGCAUCUGCUAUGACCCUGCAUCCUGAGUGGUUGACUUUGCUUUUACAGUGUCACUGGGUGUCAAAUAAUUUAAGGCGUUGUACGAGAGUUUGGGCUAACUUGGUCUUGUCUUUCUCGUACACAUUGUUCGUCAUAUCAUUACCAUGGUUUCUCCAAAAGCCAUCCUUUGGGGCAGUGGUCCUAGCCGGUGCAAUCCUGCCCAUACUACACUACUCCACUAUCCUGUCCCGCGAGCAGGGCGAGCGCUACACGCGGUGGGAGGACCGC